UAAAAACUUCUAAUAUACACAACUACCAGCCAGGGACGCCAGAAUUAUCCCCUUCUUGCCAACCAGCAAUAAGAAAAAUAGAAAAUCGGGAUAGAGAGGUGCCCAUAUAAUAAUCUUACCUAAGAAAAUUUUUCUUAAUGACCGAGCAUUCAAUUAACUUUCUGCUUUAUGUCCUACUUUCUAUAUCUAUAUACAUCUCAAUAGGUAUUAUAUAUACAUCUCAAUAGGUAUAUUUAAUAAAAAAUAUUAAUAAAAAUCGUCGUUUAUUAGUUUCUAAUCUUUUAAUUCAGUAUUUACGUUAGACUACAUUAAUACCAACUACAUAAUUCAUAUCACAGUCACCCAAGAAUCAGGUCAUACGAGUAUAUUGUGGCAAAGUAGUAAAAACCUUGUUACUUCUAUAGACUUCGGCAUCUUAAAUGAACGGCUCCGCAUACGAACACAAAAGAAAUCCUUCGCCUUGUUUUUUUAUCUUGUUUGUCACUUAAAGGAGCAUCGCAAACUUUGAGUAUUCUUCAGGGCCUCGUGCAUAAAUUGAAAUCACUCAGGAUUUGAAAACUACUUUAUAGCCUUUUCUUCAGUAAAUUUUCUUACCCUCAGACCCAGUAUUCGGGUCCACAAAGCUUACAAAUUGUAACUUUUGAAUCAUCGUUUUUAUUUUUUGUAAACCCAUUUUUCUUAUAUCAAAAAGACAAAAAAAUUGGGGACGAAGGUGAAGAUUGCACAUGCGUAAUGCCAAAGCAAGGUAUAUUAUGUGAUGUAUAGCAUGCUUGGUUCAACAGGGUGAAAAAAAGCUGUGCAAAAGUUUAACUUUAACUACCCAAGUAAGCCUGUCAAGCUGGACCAGCCGACCCUCUUUUCAAAGAGCUCCUAAUUUGAGCGUUUAAGAUUCGUAUGAAACACCAUACAAAUCUGAAAUGUUUUUACGUUUUAGUUUCGAAUGGUCCGUGUUUUUUUUCUAGUGUAAUAACAAAGUGACAAAAUGUAAUAACCUUAUUACUGCGUAGUAUUAAGGUUAUUACCCUUUGUCAGCAGAUAAAGCAUAUAAACGUUUGAGCUAUUUUAUUAUGCAUGUAGUUAUAUCCAAGCAUUUAUCAUGGCAUGUAUUCCCGAGGAAACUAAGAUUUUUGAAAGCACUCUUCACAAAACUGCAUCAAAUGGAAAAACGGAAAAAUGCAAGGAGCGUAUAUUCAUUCUUGCUCAUAAAAGCAAAGGGCCUGGAAUAAAGGGAACGAGAAAAACACUUGGAGAUGUAAAAUAUGCAGAAUAUAUUCUUUUCUAUCGUAACAUUGGAGAAGAGAGUCCAAUACGUGUGCUGUAUCUGAAUGAGAAAGCAAAAUUUAUAGCUGAAAGUGAUACAAAAAUUGUGAAAGGCCAAAAAAUGUAUACUAUGCAACUAACAUUAUCAACCGACACUAAAUCGAGAACUUUCUUCCUCUACACACCCUCAAAGACCAUCUACAAUCAUUGGUGUUAUCAUCUCAAAACAGCCGUGCAAAGAGAAACUCCUAUAGAGCAAUAUCGGCAUGAAAGCAUUGCUCCAAAGAUACUACAAGAAAGUGAGCGAAUAUAUUCAAAACCAUGUGUGCCUGAUUCUGGGUACAAUUCUAAAGAAAAUCUAUACGAGGAUAUGAGUGGGUACGGAGAAGAAUUCCGUCAAAGAGGGGUUCGAUCGUACACUGGGCCAGUUUUAUCUAUCACUGAGAAAGUGCCUGAUGUAAAAAGGUCCUUAACAGACUCGCAGAAGAACAGACCCAGUGAGGCUAGAAGACCCAGUGAGGCUUCUUAUCACAUAAGCAUAGAGUCCACACCAAUUCACGCUCCAGGGAAAGAAUCAAAUAAGAAUAGAGAAGAAAAAUCUAAGCACGAUAAAAACCCUACUCGAUGUCCUUCGCAAAUUAGCAUCGAUAAAACAUUUGACGGCGACAAAAAAGUUCUAAGGAAAGAACAAAACGAGGAUAAAGAGAAAUCCAAGCACGGUAAAAACCCUGCUCGAUGUCCUUCGCAAAUUAGCAUCGAUAAAACAUUUGACGGCGACAAAAAAGUUCUAAGGAAAGAACCAAACGAGGAUAAAGAGAAAUCCAAGCACGGUAAAAAAACUGCUCGAUGUCUUUCGCAAAUUAGCAUCAAUGAAACUUCUGAUGGCAACAUAAACGUUCCAAGGGAAGAAGCAAACGAGGAUAAAAAGGACUCAAAACACGAUAAUAAACCUGCUCGAUGUUCCUCGCAAAUUAGCAUUGAUAAAACAUCUGACGGCGAUAUAUUAAUGAAGUUAACGAAAGACGUUAAAUCUGUGCAUGUAAAAAUUGGAUCAAACGGAGUAGACACAGCCGUCAUAGAAUUGGAUGGUCAGAAUACUGCAAAAAAUUAACACUAAUUCCUUUGUAUCCUCAAGGCGCGGUCCCUAGCUCCUGUGAAAAUCUUUAGCCUGCGUUAACCUGAAAUGGUAAACCUGUAAAUAAAAUAAAGAAAAGGUUUUUUUCUCAUAACCAAACUAUGACUAAACGCACUGAGAGAUUAAUUUUCUUAAUACUAAAAUCCUUUUAUGUAAAUUUGUCUAUUAUUCUUUUUAUAUAAAAUAAAGCCAAACAUAAUUUGUAUUUAACAUAAAAGCAUCGUUUUUUAUUU